GUCGCGAUGCAGCCCCUCGCCUGGACGUCUACGCUGCUAUUGGCCGCCGCGGCGCUGUGGGGCGGCGCGCGCGCAGACGCCGACACACCCGAGUACAUCCUGCCGUGCAAGCGGCGGGACCCGGACAUCAACUCGUGCGUGAAGAGGGCCUUCAACCACCUGAGGCCGUACCUGCGCGUCGGCAUCCCGGAGAUCAGCGUGCCGCCCAUAGACCCGCUGCUCAUGCCGCGGCUGUCCAUGGAGAACGGCAACGGCGCCGUCAGGGUGCGGGCGGUGUUCGGCAACAUCACCACCCGGGGAGGCAGCAACUACACCGUCACGAGCGUCAAAGCGGACGUGCAGAACUACUGGAUCGACAUGGGACUGCAGAUCCCGCGCCUCGAGUCCGCAGGGAACUACGAGGUGACCGGGAACGUGUUGCUGUUCCCGGUGCGCAGCCAGGGGGACUUCUGGGCCGUGUUCCACGACGUCGCCGCCGUGGUGAAGCUGCGCGGCAAGGAGGUGGAGGCGGGCGGCAGGAAGUACAUGAAGGUGGACAAGCUGCUGAGCGACUUCAGCGUGGGCCGUUCCCGCUUCAGGGUGCGCGACCACCUCAACCACAACAACGUGCUGGGGCAGGCGAUGAACCACUUCCUGAACCAGAAUUCCGAUGUGAUCAUCGAGGAGAUGAAGCCCGCGGCUUCGCGCAGCAUCAGCAGCCACUUCAAGGACUUCAUGAACACCGCCUUCCUCAAGGUGCCCAUCGACGUGUGGCUGCACGACGCGUGACGUGGGGACAUCUCCCCCCCCCCUUUCCCCUCUCUGCAGUUCCCAGGGGAGCCCCCCAGAUAGGACAGUGCGCGAGUGGGGGUUCCGUCGACCUGCGUCCCUAGACUGAACGUUCCUGUGCGGACAUCCAAGACAGUGCUGUGAUUCGACCACUGACUUCGUGAAAAGACAAUUUUAACUUCAACUAUAUUGCUCGUGACUCGACCUGCUUGUGUUUUUUUUUUUUUUUCAUUUUCCUUUCUCGUUUUCUAUCGGCUCAGGGUUUCAGAAGAGAGUUUCUGAUUUUUUUUUGUACAAUGCUUCACAUAGCACGGUCGUGCGCGGAAGCUUACGGCAAUGGGACCUCCAAGAUUGUAGUUGUGAUCUCCUUACCACUUGGGUUCUCGACUAAUGCUGGGGUUGGUAUCGAACCCCACUAUACCCAUCGCAUUUGUGCGGAUUGUAAUCGAUCACCACCACCGAGGAUUCUGUGUCAAAAUAUUUUUUUUUAAUUUCAAUUGUGAAGGCAGUACUCACGAGUAAUAGUUUAGAUUCUUGUCAUUCGCCGAUGUUUCAGUUUCCAGUGACAGAUUCUGCACGCAGUAACCCAUGUGCAAUUUAUUGAACGCCUAGUUGAUUCACUUUCGGGACCUGUAACUGUACCCCAUGAGGGGUAGAAGUGGUUUGGUUUGUCCAACUCGCAAUGGGAAAUGAAUACGACUUUUCAUCGCGACUGGAGUUUGUUUGAGCAAGGGCUACAACGAGAGGCAUCGUUAAAACCCAAAACCCUCCUCGACCCAUUCAGCUAAUCUCGGGUUGACUCAGAGGAGAGCCACAACCUAAGAGUACCGCAAGGCGCCUUUCCAGUAUAAACCAUGUCUCUUGUGACAUGUUAUCAGGCUGUCUUCGCCCAAUGUGAUUACAGAACUGGAUAGCAGUAUGUCCGCCAUCAGGUAGAAUCUCCGUUAAAAACAGUCAGUUUAACAGUCCAAAGCUUUUUACGAUAUCGAGUACCGGCAUAACCAGUCAGGCACUGGGGUCAUCCUUCCUUGAAGUCAAGAGUGCCCUGCUGGGCGUUCAUAAUGGAAACAAUGCUGAACCUUCGGCUGACCAAACCUCCAGUCAACACAAACCCAUUUUAUUGGCCCUUACGGGCUGUCUGCCCCCUCCCAGGUCUCCAGGUCCCAGCAUCAUCCGGAACAAUAUAGGAUGUAGAUGAUAUCUCACCAUCCAAUCACAAUCGGGAAAGCUGUUAGAGACCCAGCUUUGACGAGAGGUUAAGGCAACCAAUCCCAGCAUCGUCACAACCAGGUACCACCUAGCUUACUCAGCUGUGUGCCUACGGGCACAGUACUGCUGGCGUCUACCUCGAUCUACCACUUCUUGUAUUAGAAGGAGGCUCUUGUGGCUGGCGGAGCCUACUGUGCGUCCUCGGAUCACCACGUCCGACAGUGGCGACAGCAAUGCUGGAAGCACGCCGAGCAAUCGCGAGUGAAUGGCGCGCAAACCAGAUCAAGAGCUGCGUUCAACUGGCUGUUACAGGGGUUGUAACCUCAAUUUUUUUGCUUAGAAUAUUUCAUGUUUUUUUCUUCACAUGAUUUAAGAUAGAUUUUUAACAAUAUCAUUAUUAAUUGUUUGUAUAGGGUUUUUUUCUACUACACACGUACUUAUUUAAUGGUUUCAAUGAACUUAAAGGCGAAUAAUGUCGUCAGUCCAAGCAUGUACUAAAAACAUGAAAUCAUGUGGUAUCUGGGUUAACCGUUCGAAUGUAGCAUUCUUUUUACAUGUAUUUAUGUUUAGAAUAUAAUUCGAAGAAUAUAAAAAUAAAUUUUUUUCCUUAAAAAAACUUGUAUUAACUCCGGUAUCUUUAGUUUGGAUAAAACCUAGAUUUUUAUUAAUAUAUGAAUGAUUUCCAAAAAAUAAAUAUUUUCAAUACGAAGGCCACAGCUUAUUCUUUAGGUACCUUCUCCUAACGAUGGUUGGCGGCCCACAUAGCCAGCUCUGAACGUAAUGUUGCACCAUGGAAAUCUUUUUAUGGCGUGAAAUUGUACCAUAUUCGAAGGUCCUUCAAACACGAAUUCCUACUCCUCCCAACAGACCAUUUCCCUUGUAUCUUCCUGUCAAUGCUUAAUUGUAAUAGCUGGUAUCACUUGUCUCUCAUGAUGUGCCCGGGAUAUUUAGCUUUAUAGUGAGCAUUAGUUCUUUUUGCUUCUUCAUCCGAUGAAAGACUUCGUCGUUUGAAAUUUUCAGCGCCGAAGGUAUGCGUAAGAGACAGCGAUAUAGAUAAAUUUCAAAAGCAGCCCUUAUUUUCUCUCGAUUUUGGCCGAGGUUCCAGCCUUCGCGUUCAUAGUGUAAAAAAAUGGAGAACAUGUAGCAACGAGUCAUUCACAUUCUAAAAUUUGCAGACUAAAAUCCCAUCUUAUAACGAGUUUAUUGAUAUUGUCUCCUGGCGUGUUCUAUUCUAGAAUUCAUCUCUCUCUUGCAAUCGCACUGCUCAUUCAGCACAUUGCUCAAGUAUUUGAAGAAGGAAAUGUUCUCAAAAUUAUUGCCUUAUAUGGUCAGGUUUACGUGGAUUUUUAUCUCUGAGGAGACUAAAAUUUUGGUAUUGUAAGUGUAGACAAACAGGCCAAACUCUUCACGAACGAUUAAUCCAAAACUGUAAUUCACCUAAUUUCAUGCUUUCAGUACAUACUAAUACUGAAACAAAAAUUUGCCUUUAAGUUCAUAGAAAAUAAAUAAAGGUCUUGUUUAACCAAAAAGGUUAUAAAAAAACUAAGUAUGAUUAUAUAAAGAAAAUAUAUUGUGCAAAAACAUGAAAUAUUAAAAGCAAAAUAAUUUAGUAUUUUACUCCCUUGAGUCAGCACACUUCGCAAACGUCCAUUCGCCGCCACUGUGUAGAUAUAUGCGUUACAGUUUAUUAUUAUAUUUUACCUAAAUCUUCCGUUCAGACUCACGUGCGUUUCAUCAUUACGUGUGAUUGAACCAUUACCAGGCCUAAGAAUUUUCCGCGAAUCAAAUCGACGCAUCUUUUAACUGCAACAAGGUAUGACCAUGCCAGCGGUUUCUUCUCUGUAAUUGGAUACCGUUUGCAAGAGAAGCAAUUCCCUUAUUUGACUGGGCCAUCCGGGAUGCGUUUGCUUCCGCAAAGAAAUUAUGUGAUUCGUGGGUUGACAUUUCCCAUGUAAUUUGAAGGAAACUCAGCCAAUCAACAAGCAUACAUUAUGCUAGUGUUUUCACAAACAGCCUCAAAAUAUUUUUGCGAAAAAAAAAAUUGACUUAACAAUUAUUUUUUUUGGAGACGCCAUACGAAACCCCGAACUAGUGGUAAAUAUUUAUUCCUCACGUGAGCCGACCCCGAGAAGGUCAGUGCAAGACGCUUAUGACAACCGGGAAAAUGCGAGUAUUUAUUUCGUGAAAGGCUAUAAUUCGUACAUUUUACGUUCAAGUUACUUCCGCUAUUGGCACACAAUUUAUUCAGGAAGAACCUUGGUCUCUGAGUAACCCUUUGCCAAAAAAACAAAGCCGAAUCUCACACUACCCGAGACGUCUCACUAGACGGCGGCCAACUAACAGGUGACGUGCGCUGAAGACUGUUACCUACGUUUAGCCUAGAGGUCGCUGACAUCGUGAUUUUUUUUUUUAAUUCCUUGUGAUGGCUUCUGACACAAACUGCAGAAAAGUAACGUGUUACCUCUCCCCGAGUAUAUGGAUCCAGGCUUGUAUUAAAAUAUAUCGCAAAAUUAUUAUGGUCUGUUUUCAUUCGUCGUUUUCCACUUUUUUACGUAAGUGCAUUUGCACGUAACAGCUAUCCUGCUUUGAAUUAAGCAUCUUGCAAACAAGAAUGAAAGAUGUAGGUUCGUGUUUCAGCAUACUGUACUGAACGUAUUGUCUCCCAUAUGUACCACUUCGUGACGUUCUUUAAGCAUCUUGGUCUGUCGUCAAAGUUUUCAAAUAAUUUUCCUGUGUCAUCUUGCUGACUUAAUAACUGGCAUUUUAAUGCAGUUUUGACAUAAUUAAAUGCUAUAUUCGUUCUUCAGACUUCAUUCCGAUUGUUGUGUAAGAUAAAAGUGUAAUUAAGACUACGUAGGAUGUAAAUCCGUGCAUCUGGGUGAUCCAACGGAAUAUGUCCGUACAUAGCGCAAAACAUGUUGGAGACUUGUCUCGAACGUCUACUCUAAAUCAAGAUGUUUGGCUGUUUAGUAGAAACACUUUUCUAUAUUGCGAUAAGGAGGAGACUUAAAAUAAUUUAUAGGUCCAAAGUAUUUUUCUCUUAAACUCUCAAAAAAAAAACUUUUAAAAAUGUCAAUUUUGAAAAGCUUACAAUAAAGUAAAAUUUAAAACUGAGUAAAAAUCAUACAAUCUCUCUAUAUAUAUAUUGAAUUACAGUUUUGCAGGCAUAAUCACAUAAUAAUAUUUAAUUUUAUAAAUUUACACUUUAGUUUAAAUAUCUAUCUCUAUACAGUAUUUGUUCUGGUAAUCAUUAUAAACAAACAUCAAUACAACUCUUAAAAUCUUAUUAAUUAUUUUACAUUUUUUAUGAUAAAACAUCAAUAUUUUUCUCUAAAUAAAAUUUUCAAUAGGAAUUUAGAGCACUUACAAUCUGUUAUUUACAAUUAUUUGACUUGUUUACUAGCAAGUUUACAUAAAAAAACCAAUAGCUUUGGAGUUAAAAAUAAACUAUACAAAGAAGAAUAUAAAUUUUCUAUUCUCGUGUUAGCGGAUUCAGACAAAGCGUUGUUUUUAAAGGUUUCUUAUAUAAUUCUUUUCACGAGACUGCCAUUAAAGGAGAUACAAGAGUCUCUGGUUGUUUAAUUAAAUAGUAUCAACUUUACGCUUAUCAAGUUUUCCAGUAUUUCAUGUUUUUUAUUUGGGCACGCAUUGAAUUGUGGCCAAAAUAUUUUACUAUUCUUGACUAUCUAAGAGUAAGUUUGUUUUAUUUAGAAAUAAUAAAUCAUAUUGUAUUUUUUAUAAUAAAUGAGGCUUUAUGA